AUGCAUUUGAUGGAGGCUGGAAUGGACUGGGUCUUGGGAUCGAGUGAUGCUGGUGGAGAGUCGGUCCGUGUGGUGGUCGUCGAUGGCACGGUUGACGUGGGCAAGGACGCUGCUUGGCGGCUGGCGAUGGAGGUCAUGGCUGUGGUUGGUGCUGUCUAUGCCUUUGAUUGGAUCUUCCACAACCCAUCGUGCGGCGUCAUGUUUCAGUGCGGGUGCACCUUCAAUUGGGCUGGAGGUUGGGCAAAGUGCAACGUCCAUGAUCCGUCGACCCCAUCGUGCCCAUGGUGCAUCGCUCCACCUGGUACCGCAUGGACUACCUUUCUCCUUGUCCGCAUUAUCGCCAUCGGGUCUUACUUUGCCUUUACCCGUCUCCGCCACACAUGGCAGCGCAUCGCUCGCUACGGCGGCCUCUCGAAUUGGCGCAGCUGGCGCGAGCUUGCCCUUGCUGCUUCAGUCGCCAGCUGCGGCUGGGCGCUUACCGUCAUCACCGUUGGUGCCGUCUUUUUCGUCGCCUCACCAUCAUACCCGUGGUUCUUCUGGUUUACCCGAUCGUAACGAUCACAAGGCCGCCACCGCGGAAGCCAUGCUCUUUCCCAAAGCCCUCCGACGGCCCACAUUAUCGCGUGUCAGGGUUACCCUGGACAUCUUGUAUCCUGUCUUUGGCU